UCGGAGUGGAUUUCGAUCAAAAUUACGUUUUUCCUAGAAAACAAUAGAAACACCGGGAGAUAGUUGAACAGUUCCGCGAUCGGAGUCUAUUCCGAACAUUUGCACGAUAGGUCACUCUGAUCCCAUGAUGUACCGUGCAUGUGUUUUUACAUCAUGCUCGAUCUCUGCUUGUUCGCGACGUUGCAAAAGUCGCUUAAGUCACUUAUCACCGCGCGACACGGGGAUUCUGCUGCUCUCGCGAAAGGCGUCCGGAGAAAAAAAGAACGACAUUAUCUUGCGAUUGUCAGAGUGACUUUACAUUCUCAGCGCAAUAUUUAUCUAAUCUAAUGUUUACUCGAUCUUGCGCUUCUUUGCACGGUCUUUUUUACUAUUUAUGUCCUUAUCAAAUUGACAUUGCUUUCAGGUUGGUGCUGAAUGUUGAAGAUACUCGCUGUGUGACAAGCCAGAAUGGCAGGUGUCGUGUACAUGAUAGGACUUUUGCUGGCGGGAGGAGCAGCGGCUUGGACCGUUGACAUCGCGCCUGAAAUAACUGUACAUAUGAAUCAAGUGAAAUUGGUCCCGUUCAGCAUGCACGAUCUCGGUACCGAAGUGCACGUAUUGUACAUCAGUGCGGACCAAAGUAUCGCGACACUGAAGAUGCAUGAAGAUGUAUGGACAAACCAAACCUCACGCAGCGGUUUUAUAAAUGUCACCGGAGUAUUCCUCGGCAGAACCAAAUUAACGUUUAUUGUAGAAGGAAUAGAGACUAACGAGAAGAGAUACUCAAGACGCGAGGAGGACGCCGCUCUUAUCAUCGUAAUACGAGAGGAGCGCACGAUAGACACUGUAUUUACUAUCAGUGUAGCAAUACUCGUAUCCAUCUUGUAUAUUAAUUUUGGCUGUGCCUUGGAUUGGGACGUGUGCCGCGCUACGUUGAGAAGACCGAUAGGUCCAGCCAUAGGUUUCCUCUGCCAGUUUCUGAUUAUGCCAUUGUUGAGUUUUCUCAUUGGAUAUCUUUUAUUUCCCGAUCGUCCUGAACUGCAAAUAGGCAUGUUCUUCACAGGGAUAAGUCCAAGCGGCGGCGCUUCCAAUAUGUGGACACUGCUGCUCGACGGCAAUCUGAAUCUUUCCAUCGCCAUGACCACUUUAUGUACCAUUGCUGCAUUUGGAAUGAUGCCAUUUUGGGUGUUCACAUUGGGCAGGUAUAUUUUCGCGCAGGGAGAAAUCGCAGUCCCCUAUAGUCAUAUCGCCAGUUUCGUCAUCGGCCUCAUAAUUCCACUGGCCAUAGGAUUUUUCAUUCAAAAGAAGCUUCCGAGGGUGUCGAAAAUAUUGGUCCGAGUAAUGAAACCUUGCUCCGUGGUCUUAAUUAUAUUCAUCAUCAUAUUCGCCAUCACGACUAAUCUCUACAUGUUCAAAUUAUUUUCGUGGAAGAUUAUCUUCGCGGGAAUGUGUCUACCUUGGCUGGGCUUCACGUUUGGUUUUAUAGUAGCGAAAGUCUGCAAGCAACCUCGAGCUGACGUACGGGCGAUUGCCAUUGAAACUGGCAUUCAAAACACAGGCGUGGCAAUCUUUUUGUUGCGAUUUACAUUAAAGUCACCCGCCGACGACCUAACUACUGUGGUUCCCGUGUCUGCCGCGAUGAUGACACCGGUACCGUUAACAGUUCUAUUUAUAAUAAAAUUGAUUUAUCAAUACAGACAGAGGAGGAAAGCGGAGGUGACAUUAGAUCAGGUUCCGUCGUUAGAAAAGCUCCAACAAACUACAGAUAUUUCCACCAUCACGCAGAAUGCGUUGAAUGAAUCUAGAUUGAUUCACGAGUCCAAAUCUGCGGGACAAUAAUACCUUAAGGAUUUGCAUUGUCCAAUGAGAAAUGACUCGAAUCGACAUCGAUUGACAAGUUAUUUCUCGCUGGGAUACUUUUUACAUAUUUUAUGUAUCAAUAUUGAAAGUCGAAAUUUUAACAAGGAUAGGAUGGUUGCGGAUAUUAUUAAUUAUAUAUAAUAAUGUCGUAAUGGCUUCCGGAUGGUUGCCGCAUCCAUUUGCAGUGUGGUGCUGACGUUUCGCAAACAUUGCAAUUUGCAUCAUCAGGCCUGGGAGACUCCGUUACUGGACACUACUGUAUAUAAUAAUGUCUAUAUGUCUACCGUUGAACAGCACUAUUGACUGUUUGAGAUUUAUAUUUUUUACGCCGAUAAUACUUAAAGUGCCAGCAAUUUGAUUCGUUGAGAUACAAGGGCGUAGCGGAAGUUGGCUUCCGUCGCUUAGUUGCGACCAGUGUUCGUGAAAUAUUUUAUAUUUUUGUUGAAAAUCUCGCUUGCAUUUAUACACUUUACUUUUGCAUACGGAAAAAAAUUAAAGAGUUGUAUUUUUCUAA